UGUGAGCACGUUUUAUUUUCGAAUCUGAUUUGAUUAGUGACGAUUUCCUUCUGCUGCUCAGUUACUUCUGCUUUAUGGGCUGGAUGAUUGGUUUUACUCUGAAUGCACAAGCACGUACUCUAUUGAUGAGCUAGGACAGACUCAGUAAGCCACCUUUCCUGGGAGUAUCGACAUCUUCGCAUCCCCCUCUAGAGAGGAAAUCAUUUUAUAUUAGGUAAUUUUUACGCAUCAUGGACACAGAACAGAUUAUGGAGAGCCAGCCACAGGUUCCAGAGAAUCCUCAUGCAGAAUAUGGUCUUACAGAGAAUGUAGAGCGAAUAGUGGAGAAUGAGAAAGCAAAUGCAGAGAAAACAUCAAAGCAGAAAGUGGACCUUCAGUCACUGCCUACACGUGCCUAUCUGGAUCAGACAGUUGUGCCUAUCCUAUUACAGGGACUUGCAGUGCUUGCAAAAGAGAGACCACCAAAUCCUAUUGAAUUUCUAGCGGCUUAUCUCUUAAAAAAUAAGGCACAGUUUGAGGACCGAACUUAAUUUCAUCUGAAGAGGACCAUUUGAUUGAUCAGUGUGUAUGCUAAAUAAACUUCAAUUAUUGUCUCAUAUAAAUCCUAAAGAUCCAAAAUCCAAUUUAUCACAAUUUCUUGAACCUUUUCUUCAAUUAUUUAAUAAAAUAUCUUACAUUUUA